AUGUAUUGUGGAGAUUAUACACAAGGAACAAUUCUUCCCGCUCCAAAUUUUAACCCUAUAAUGGAUGCCCAGGUGCUAGGAAGAGCCCUACAGGGAAUUAGUUGUGAAAAAGAUGUGUUGAUUGAAAUCCUAACUCAGCGUUGCAACUCCCAGCGGCUCAUGAUUGCCGAGGCGUACAGAGACAUGUAUGGCAGGGAUCUGAUAACAGACCUAAAAGAGAAUCUCUCUCAUCACUUUAAAGACGUUAUGGUUGGCUUGAUGUAUCCACCUGCAUCCUAUGAUGCCCAUGAGCUUUGGCAUGCCUUGAAGGGAAUAGACACAGAAGAAAAAUGUCUAAUUGACAUAUUAGCUUCAAGAUCAAAUAUGGAGAUCUUCCAGAUGAAAGAAGCCUACCUAAUGCAAUAUAAUACUGAUCUUCAACAAGAUAUUGAUUCUGAGACUUCAGGUCACUUCAGAGAUACACUCAUGAACCUUGCUCAGGGAACAAGGAUGGAAGGAUAUGCAGAUCCUUCUACAGCUGCUCAGGAUGCAAUGAUUCUAUGGGAAGCAUGUCAGCAGAAGACAGGCGAACACAAAAACAUGCUGCAAAUGAUUCUCUGCAACAGGAGUCACCAGCAGUUGUGGAUGGUUUUCCAGGAGUUCCAAAAUAUCUCUGGGCAAGACAUAGUAGAUGCCAUUAAUGAAUGUUACGAUGGAUACUUUCAAGAAUUACUGGUUGCAAUAGUUCUCUGCAUUCGUGACAAGCCUUCCUACUUUGCUUACAGGCUUUAUAAUGCAAUUCAUGACUUUGGGUUUCACAAUAAAACAGUUAUUAGGAUUGUCAUUGCCAGGAGUGAGAUAGACUUGAUGAACAUACGCCAGCGAUACAAAGAGAGAUAUGGGAAAUCACUCUUCCAUGACAUUAAACAUUUUGCUUCAGGGCAUUAUGAGAGCGCUUUACUUGCUAUCUGUGCUGGUGAUACGGAAGAUUAUUAAGAAGAUGUACUCUGAAGGCUGUGUAAACCUAUUUUAAAUAGAAAUUGAAGCUAUAUGCAAUGCACUAACUGUAAGAGAUCCCUAUUAUACAUAACAGAACAGCAAUUACAUCAGUAAUGUACAUUUGCUAAUAUUAAAUCUUUCUUGAGACAGGAAAAAAAUGUUGGCAGGAAUAUGGUUUUAUCUCUAGUUCUAAUUAAUAUUUCUGAUUUUACGAUUAAUGUAAAUUAAUGAAGCAAGCGGUAAAAUGACUCCAGGUAGGCAUUUGUUUAUCAUUUAGUGUCACAACAUCCCAAACAUUCAUCAACAGACUCUGGAAGAAUUUAUUCACUUACACACUGGAGAGAAGAAAAUAUUUUGCUUUAUGUACUUUUAGCAAGAGGAUUUCUUCCUUUAAGGAUUUUUUCCUUCUCUUUCCUACUUCUUAUACCUCAUAUUUUAUGCUCUUGAACAUUAUUGUUUUAGUAAUAACCAGACUAAGCAUCUA